AUGCCUCUCUGGGUCUUCUACCAUCCACCCAACACUUUCACUGACCCGGCCACCAAGAAAGCCCUGGCAAAGGUUCUCACAGAUGGCUACGCCUCCGUCGGUCUCCCUAGAAGCUAUGUAGUUGUCCUCUUCCAACCCAUAGAACCCGACUCUUACUACAUCGGCGGCGUAGCCAGGCCGUCGCCAGAUGUACCUGCCAACAAACCUGGGCCCGAUAGUACGCGUCCCUUUAUCAGGAUCAAAAUUGAGCAUUUCGCUAGGCCCGACCCCUCGGAAAAAUCCAAGAAACGUUUCUUGCGGUGGGCCGAUGCGACGCUGAAGCCUUUUAUUGCUGAUCAGGGUUACGAUUGGGAGUACAGUGUCGAAGAAGCCGACAGGAGUCAGUGGAAGAUCAAUGGUAUAGUUCCGCCGCUUGAGGGGACGCAAGCGGAGAAGGAAUGGGCGAAGACGAACAUGAUAACGCCGUUUGAGCCAGAGAAAGGUGGAUUGCUAGGGAAGCUUUAA